AUGCUCUUAAAUGAGACACAUCUGAAACCAAACAAAAAGUUCAAAAUAGCAAACUACUCUGUUUAUAGAAAAGAUAGGCUUCAUAAUAUUGGUGAAGGCACAGCUAUCAUUGCAAAAAAUUCAAUUAAGCACAUAGAAUACUUACUGCCUGAUUUCAAUAGUACUGAAGCGUGCGCUUGUCUCGCUUACAAUAAUAACCAUACCCCUUAUUUAAUUGUCUCUGUGCAUAAACCGCCUCAGAAAAUCCUCAACACUGCUGAAAUAGAAUAUAUUUGUAAUUUAGGUUAUCCAACCAUUAUAGCUGGUGACUUAAAUUGUAAGCACCCUGCCUGGAACUCCAGAUUCACAAACAGCAAUGGUAUCAGGCUCUACAAUUACAUGCUAAAUUCUGCAAUCAAUAUCAUGGCUACCACUGAUCCUACUCACAUUAGUUCUCACUACAAUCAUACUCCUGAUGUCCUAGACAUUCUCCUUACCUGUAAUAUUCCACAGAUUCCUGACUUAACCAAUUUAAAAAAGCUUGAUUCUGAUCAUACUCCUAUCAUGUUCACCUUAUAUAAUUUCAUCCAUUACAUGCCUCCCAACCCCACCAAAGUCAGUUGGGUGGAUUUCAAAUAUAUCCUCGACAAUAGCAUCUCUGCAACCACUAAAAUGACUACUACUAAUUUAAUUGAAGACACCACUGAGAAACUAAAUACUAAAAUCCUUGAAGCCAUUAAUAAAGCCACUUCUAAUAUUGAGAAAAAAGAUUACUCGCUUACUCAUCACAUAAAAGAAGAAAUCAAGAAAAAGAAUAGACUUAGAAAAAUCUGGCAGAGAACCAGAGAUCCCAGAGACAAUGCUAAUUAUAAACGUGCUUAUUACCAUGUCCAGAAGCUCGUUACAGAUCAUAAGCAAGACAGAUGGAAUGACUAUGUUGAAAGUCUUUCUCAUACUGACCAUUCUGAAUGA